AAGGCAGUGGUUGAAAUUCAGGUCUUUAGUGCAUAUAUUAGUAUAUGUGAGGAAAAGCAGCCAUCCCUGUGAAAGCAAGCAGCACUAUUGACUCCGUGAACCUGUUGGGCUUUCUGACUCCAUUCCAAAGUCCAAGAAAACAUCAAGGCACCAGCCAUGAAGCUGGUACCCAUCUUUCUGCUGGUGACCAUCGGUAUUUGUGGCUAUUCUGUCACUGCCUUCCUCGUCAAGGCUCCUGUUGCCAAUAUGUUACCUUUACCUUUGGACAACCUUCUUCCCUUAUUUGAUCCUUUGAAGAUGCUUCUGAAAACCCUGGGCAUUUCUGUAGAACAUCUGGUGGCAGGGCUGAAGAAGUGUGUGGAUGAGCUGGGGCCAGAGGCUUCAGAGUCUGUCAAGAAGCUUCUGGAGGCCUUAUCACACCUGGUAUAAAGUCUGCAUAAAUGGAGUUGAGGUGGGAGUAGGAAGAGAUGGACUUACCCACCCUGCCUGGCAGAUUCUC